UCAUCCAUCAGAUGCCUGUGAUCUCACACUGGACCCAAACACAGCACACAGACUCCUCUCUCUGUCUGACGCGAACAGAAAGGUGACACGGAGGAGACAGAAGCAGCCGUAUCCUGAUCACCCAGAGAGAUUUGAGGACCGUGGACAGGUGCUCUGUAGAGAGCGUCUGACUGGGCGCUGUUACUGGGAGGUAGAGUGGAGUGGGAGUGGGGCUGUUAUAGGAGUGACAUAUAAAGGAAUCAGCAGGAGAGGAGGUAAUGACUGUGGGCUUGGAUGGAAUGACAAGUCCUGGAGUCUGCGCUGCUCUGACAACAGUUACUAUGCCUGGCACAAUAAUUCUCACAUUACCUUAGAUGUCCCCCCCUCCAGCUCCCAGCAUGUAGGAGUGUAUCUGGAUUGGCCUGCCGGCACUCUGUCCUUCUACAGUGUCUCCUCUGACACACUGACCCACCUGCACACAUUCAACACCACAUUCACUGAGCCCCUCUAUCCAGGGUUUAGGGUUUAUGACACCUCUUCAGUGUCCCUGUGUCAGGUGGUCCCUGUGUCAAACACAACGUGAUGUUGCACUCUAAUCCUGGUCAUGUUCAGUAAGACACACUGGAACAACAAUGUAGAAUAGCUCUCUAGUGUGUAAACAUAUGAUUGUAAAUACUCAUGAAUAAACACCAUUGAAGUUGACAGACAUUGUCAACUAGAGUCUAAUAGAAUUAAUCACAUAAUUAGUAAGUCAUUAGUAGAAUUAAUCACCACACUGUGUUGUAAAACAGUUUUAAUAUAGACAUCAUUGAUCUUGUUGUUAUUGGGCUUCUUGGUGUUUGUACAUAUUGUUGUCUGUAGAAUGUUGAUUUGUCAAAUUCUUGACACAACAAUCAUGUUUCUGUUUAAACUCAAUUCCACUGAACGAAAUGUACAUGUGACAGAUGUGACUAAUAAAGUUAAUCAACAAGA